AAAGUAAAAGAGAUUGGCUUCAGUUUCUUGGCAUACUCGAACUCAAUCAGUAGGCCUUGCAGAGCGCAGUGAUCAUUUUACAGUAGUUGAGCUGGUUUGGUGUGUUUUGUUAGUAUUUCUUGAUUCAGGCGCGUGCUCGUAACUCCUAAGUCCACAAUAGUGCAAGAAUCCACCAACCAUGCAGUUGAUCGUUUCGGUUCUGGUUUUUGCCCUCGUGGCUACUAACGUAGCCUUGCUAAAUGCACAGACCGUGAAGGUGGAAGUAUACUAUGAACAUUUGUGUCCAGACAGCAUCCGUUGGGUGACCAAUCAACUAGCGCCGAAUUAUGACGAUAUAAGGAGUGUCAUUACUAUUGAGUUUAUACCGUUUGGAAAAUCGGUGAGCAUCAACGAUGGAGAGUCUUUCGAGUGUCAACAUGGUCCAGCUGAGUGUGAGGGGAACCGAAUUCAAUCGUGCGUACUACAUCUACUCCCUGAACAGGAUCGACAAGUUUCGUACGUUUCCUGUCAGAUGCAUGCAGAUGCUGAUCCACGUGGGUGGGAGUGUGCCUUCCGUUCUGGAGUAGAUCUGACAGAAACUCAGACGUGCGUAGAAGGUGACCAGGGAAGAUUAUUACAAUUAGAAGCAGAACGCCGCACCCAACAAAUUGCGCCUAGUUUCGUGCCAACGAUUGUUUUCAAUGGGCAAUUCGACCAAACUUUGCAAGAUCGUGCGCAAACCGAUUUUCUGGGAGUCAUUUGCGAAUUGAGUAACAAUGCUAUUGCUACGUGUUAGUUUCUAUUACCGUUUAUUUUCGACGAAUGCCAUAUGAUUUUUUUUAUAUCGUUGACAUUGAAAUACA